AUGAUAUUAAGUUUAUAUAUAACCCCACAAAGAAGGUGCUAUUUUAAAAAUAUUUUAAAAAAUCAACCUUCGCCUCCUCGUGUCGCGCCGCCACGCGACAGGGGGUCUGUGCGUGCUGCAUGCCGGCGACCCCCGGGGACCGGCGCCGUUUCGCCGGCUGACUCGCGGUGGCGCCGCCCGAGACGAGAGAGAGAGAGAGAGGGAGUGAGGAAAUGGGAGAGAGUGGGAGAGAGAGAGAGAGAGAGAGGAGAGAGAAGUGGGAGAGAAGAGAGAGAGAGAGAGAGAGAGAGAGAGAGAGAGAGAGAGAGAGAGGGAGGGAGGGAGGGAGGGAGGGAGGGAGGGAGAGUGGGAGAGAGAGAGAGAGAGAGAGAGAGAGAGAGAGGGAGAGGGAGGAGGGAGGGAGGAGAGUGGGAGAGAAAGAGAGAGAGAGGGAGGGAGGGAGGGAGGGAGGGAGGGAGGAGAGCGGGAGAGAGAGAGUGGGAGAGUGGAGAGAGUGGGGGAGAGAGAGAGAGAGAGAGAGAGAGAGGGAGGGAGGGGGGAGGGAGAGGAAGAGAGAGAGAGAAAGUGUGUGUGUGUGUGUGAGAGAGAGAACCUUAAUCGGGCCUUUGUACAUCUGGGCUUCGUGAGCCUGGUAGGUCUUAAUAUGGGCUGUGUUCGGUUGGAUGGGCCUCAAAGAGAAUUUGAUGAAAUUAAGGCCCAUUGAAAUUCGGAUGGGGCGCAUGCGCAGAAAAGGGUGGUUCUUGUUCUUCCAUGAGCGAUAUUUCCCCUGUUGCGGGUGAUAUCUGUGCGCCCUCUCCCCCCCAUGCCGACGAUUUUCUUAUUUCCCGCUGUUUUUUCUGAUGCAGCAAGCGUAUCUCUGGGUCGGCAAUCCCCUGAAAGCGUACACCGGCGAUCUGGGUUAAGACCUCCGGACAGGAUGAGACACUUUCUUCGUCUGAUUGGCUUUACUAUCUGCUCUGCUCUCCCAUUUCUCUCCUGCUACUGAAUUGUAAUUGACUGGAAGUAGGAGAAUAACACCUGUAGGUUCGCGAAUAAGGGGCUGACGUCGUCUCUGAUAGGGAUCAUUGAUUAGAGCCUUUGGAUCGACGGGGAGGUAUCGGCUUUGAUAAUACUGGAAAUUAACCAUGCCUUUGACAAAAGGAAAGUUUCACUAGGAUAACACGAAGGAAUGGGAGGUGAUAAAAUGGAACACAGAGAGAGAGAGAGAGAGAGAGAGAGACUGCAAGAGAACUGUUUUCCAGAAAAGACUAA